AUGUCGUUCGAGCGCAAAGAGAGUCCGAACAGCAGCUGUAGGCUGUGCGAGGACCCGGACGACGAGGAAGAUCGCAAGCCCGCAUCCAAGGAAACCUUCCUGUGCGUAAAAUGUGCCGCGAUCCAAGAAGAACUGACUCGCUUGAGACGAGCGGCUGGGAUACCACAAGAUUCAACCGAGGAAUUAGUGGCCCAAAUCUGCGCGCACCAGGAAAAACAGCUACAGGAGUUGACGAAGGCGCUAGCCAACAUUAGCACCAAAGCCGGCGAAACAGAAGGUUCAAACUGGACCAUCUACUUUAAGAGGCAGGCCUUGAUAAGCCUACCUAAGUUCGGAGGCAACCCUAAAGAAUGGCCAAACUUCCGCAAGGCCUUCGACGAUACGACGCACGCCGGAGAAUUCUCUCACCUAGAGAACUUAAAUCGAUUGCAGCAGGCGUUAUACGGUCCGGCAUUAAGAAACGUGCAACAGCUAAUGCUCGAUUGUGAAAAUGUACCGCGAGUAAUCGAGCGGCUGCACGAAAUGUAUGGCCGGCCGGAGCUGGUAUACAGAGAACUGUUGGGUGACCUGCAGAGGAUUAGAAAAGAUUCCAGGACAGUGAUCAUGGACAUGAUGAACGCGCUCGAGAACACAGUAAGUAACAUCAUGUUGAUGGAGAGAGAAGAAUACCUCCGUGACCACCGACUGGUUGACGAAUUAGUGCGAAAGCUGCCAUAUUCCAUCCAAGUUAAACGGAUGGAAUAUGUGUUGAACUCAAUGGAUCAAAUAGGCGUUCAGAACUUGUUCGAUUUAUGUGAAUGGCUGAAACCAUUCGCCAGAGUGACUCAAGCCAUGACAGAGUAUCGAAGGCCUCAGCAGAACUUUGCGAACUCAAAUCAGCGAAACUACUCGACCCAGCACCACGUGAAUCAGUACAACUAUGCGAACCGGCAUGACGCAAACCGUCAGAACAAAUGCAAGGAAGCAGAGAUGCGCGGCAUAAACAGGUGUACGAAAAAACAUCACAAGUCGCUACACCUCGAACCGAAGCCGGAAGAAAACAUCAACACCAAGGCCCAAAAGUAUGUCGAACGGCAGCGCGAUCUCAACGAGAAGGAACGACUGCGCAGAUUGGAGGAAGACACAAUCCGUCGGGCCGAAGACACCAUCCGCCGGUUGGAGGCGAUCCGUCAACAGCAUGCUGUCGAAGAAGCGCGCCGUCGCGACGAAGAAAAACGCAAUCGUCGCGAAGAAGAGGCUCGCCAGGAGUUUGAUGAAAGUAAUGCGAAGGGCGGGAGGUCGGUGAAACAGCGUGACAAUGAUUUUGAUAACAGUGAGAAGUCAUCGGAGUUGCGGCAAAUGUUCGAACCGAUCGAUGAUUCUCAGGUACUGAACACGGACAAGGAGGCAGAAGAACAUCAAUCCUCCAAGAGUAGUUACGAUGACCAAAGUAAUGCGUCGAACCAGUUGCGCCAAAAACGUGUACGCAAAAAAGCAGUAUUAAUGCGUCGAACCAGUUGCGCCAAAAAACGUGUACGCAAAAAAGCAGUAGCAGCAGCACGAGAACGACAGGCCAUAUCGCCGACUCCAAAGAUAAAGAAAAAGAAUAGAACAAACAGUCGUUGUAAGUCGAACAGCUAUGAUAAGAGUGAGUCCAACCAAGCGGAUUCCGAUAACUCGGAUCGCUUCCGGAAAAAAUGGAGCACGGCAGCAGCGAAAAGGAGUGCAGCGGCCACUGAUAGUGACGAAUUGUUGGAAGUGAAUCACGAAGCUGAACCAUCGGUGGCAGCCGUUGUAGCGGAAGACGAGAAGAACGAAACGAUUGGGUGUGUUAGCGGACGACGGCAGGGCAAUAAAGAAGCGACCGGUGCCCUCACGACAAUGUACGAGAUCAAGGAGAACGGUGACCUAAACUUGAAAGGUGAAGUAGGCGAUGGCCGAUUGGAGCAAAUGGAGAAACUGGACAUCGGCGCGUUCCUGAUGUGUCUCGCGAAGCUGUUCAAGCCGUUGCAGAAGCAGCAACAGCCAUCGCCGGGAUUACAGCAACCAUCGCGGCUGCACAACACGGGCGAGGACCAGAGAGGUAAGGACGAUCAUCCGGGACACAUCACACUGAGACCGUCGGACGGGCGGUGGGUACCACCGUCAGCGUAA